GGGUCUGCUGCGGUCUGCUGACGGUCCAAAAUGGCGGCGGUAGGACGAAACCAUGGGCGAGUCUGUUGCUAUGGGGCGUUCUAUUGAGCUUCGCCUCUUGGUAUCCAUGCUCUUUGACUGCACGGCUGAGGCGUCACCUGGAAGUAGUCGCGCUGGGCGGGAUGACCGGAACAACAAGAUGGCGGAGAGUGAAGACUUUCGGCAGGAGUUGGUCCUGUAACACAGACCUCAGCCUGUUGACUGGUGAAACAACCGUGUUGCACAACACCAAAGCCAGCAUGAAUCUCCAGCAGCCAACACCUCUCAUCCCCCCUGUCCACCCUGAUGUGCAGAUGAAGCCUCUGCCCUUCUAUGAUGUGCUGGACGUCCUAAUAAAGCCUUCAAGUCUAGGAGCGAGUCCUACACAGAGGUACCACCAAGAAAAAUAUUUCAUCUUUGCCCUGACACCACAGCAAGUUCGGGAAGUAUGCAUAUCCAGGGACUUCCUACCAGGUGGCAGAAGGGAUUAUAUGGUUCAAAUUCAACUGAGGUUUUGUUUGUCAGAGACAAGUUGCCCUCAAGAGGAUAACUACCCAAACAGUCUUUGCAUAAAGGUCAAUGGGAAACUUUUUCCUUUGCCAGGUUAUGCACCGCCACCAAAAAAUGGUGUGGAGCAGAAGAGACCAGGGCGACCUCUGAACAUAACCUCCCUUGUCCGACUUUCCUCCGCAGUACCCAAUCAGAUUUCAGUGACAUGGGCACCUGAAAUUGGAAAAACCUAUUCUAUGUCUGUGUACCUGGUGAGGCAACUGACAUCACCACUGCUCCUGCAGAGGCUGAGGAUGAAGGGCAUCAGAAACCCAGACCACUCCAGAGCACUAAUUAAAGAGAAGCUGACAGCAGAUCCAGACAGUGAGAUCGCCACAACAAGCCUUCGAGUCUCACUCAUGUGCCCGCUGGGUAAGAUGCGACUGACAGUGCCGUGCCGAGCGGUGACCUGCUCUCACCUGCAGUGUUUUGAUGCCGCCCUCUACCUGCAGAUGAAUGAAAAGAAACCCACCUGGAUCUGCCCUGUGUGUGACAAGAAGGCUGCAUAUGAGAGUCUCAUCAUUGAUGGUUUAUUCUUGGAGAUCCUGAAUGACUGCUCAGAUGUGGAUGAAAUCAAGUUCCAGGAGGACGGAACCUGGUGUCCCAUGAGACCAAAGAAAGAGGCAGUUAAAGUCCCCUCUCAGUCAGUUCAAAAAAUUGAGCCCACAGCUCCUUUACGACAGUCUUCAGUAGUCCCCCAUUCUACUGAGCCCAGCACCACCAAGAAGGCUGAUGUGAUUGAUCUGACUCUGGAAAGCUCCUCUUCCUCUGAUGAUGAAGAGGACACAGACCCUCCUCUGAAGAAACGCUGUGUUUACAUUUCCAAGAACGAGGAGAUGCAUGCGAAGGGAGUGUUGACCUACCAGCCCACUGUGCGCAUGCCAAACGUCCAGGCCCUGGAUCCGUCCUUCCUGACCUCUACACUUGCUGACUAUGCAGUCCCCUUCCACCCAUCCACCCUGGCCACCAUCCCAACAGACAUGCAGAGUCUGGAUUUGUUUUCCUUAAUUCAAGCAGAUCCUCAGCAUUACAGGCCACAGAUGUUCCUGGACAACCUGACGAACAGCAUGCAAACUGCAGCUGCAGCCAGCACCAGCUCAGCCCUGGUCUCCUCCUCCAGCAGCCACUACGACACCAGCACCCAUGCUGCCAGCUCCUUCCACGAGACGCGGGUCAUCACAGGAGGAGGGGGCGUUGGAGGAGGAACAGACAGCAGCAUAUCAGAUAUUAUUUCACUAGACUGAGCCACGUCUCACUGGACCUUUUCAGGCCCCUUUUCUGUGGCCUUUUUAGUGCGGACUACGUGUUCAUGCCAUGUCAAGUUUUACAUAGAGGCACCCAAAUUGGUAUACAUGACCACUUUGAUGACCUAAACAUUUUCAUGAUGUUAAAAACUGUAUCCAGGCAUAUUUCUUUUUGCCACUGGGUUUCUGAUUCUAAAUGGGGUUUGCGUCCUAUCUGCUACGGUAGGACGAUAAACGGUUUGAUGGCCAAGGACAACAUGUCGGUGAAUUAUCAUUUCUCUUCAAGUUCUCCUGACUUCAACAUUUGAGAAUCCUUCUCGUGCACUGUCAUACAUACCUUAUCACAUUAGAUCAAGAAGAAGGGAUUGAUUUAGCCUUGGUUUAGUCCAAUAUUCCCUGGUGGUUUAGCCUUGGUUUAGUCCAACAUUGCCCCAGUUUUUUGGGCCUUGGUUUAAUCCAGUAUUUCCUGGUGUUUUAUCCAUGGCUUGCUCUUCCACCUCCACAGGAAAAUUUUGCAUCUCUAUGAUUUGCUAGAUGGGUGCCGUUGUGUACCAGCUAGGGAGCAUACACUUCACUGGAAUCAGUGGAACUAGUAAUCCCUUCACAUUAUUUGUUUCAGUGUUCAUAUAAAAUUACUGCUUGGGGAAGUUUAUUUCGGAGUUUCUUCAUCUUAUAUUAUACAGUCUCAUGAUCUGAACAGUCUGUCUUUUGGUCAUGUGUAAAAAUAUUUUAAUAUCCCAUCCACCCACAGCUCUGUAGAGGUUUUCCUGGGAGAAAGAUAAAUGUCUGUAAUACUUUUUCUCUCCCAGUUGCUUCAGUGCUGAAAAUAUUUAGGAACAUUGAACUCUUCAUUUAUACCAAUUUGGUUACUCGAACUUACAUGUCAGUCUGACUUCAGCCUGUUCUGGCCUGGUUGACCGGAACUGUGUGCCUGAUUAGAGUCAGCACGGAUGUGACAAGAGCUUGGACUCUGCUUUCAGCAAGAGCUUGUUUCACACAUCCAUGCAAGUAAAUGACAGAAGUAGGAAGGCCUUGGUGAAAAACAUUUGUGGACUGAUAAAGAUAGUGUUGACUGUUAACAUGGAAGGAAGGUCAGUAAUUCAGAUUUUUUCAUUGGUUCUACCAGCUGUCAGUCAGUACCCCGAUGAGGGCUGUUACAGGGCAACUUUCAUGUCAUACCAACGUAAAAUGUUCCUUUGUAAUUUAGUCAGAGCAAUAAUAAUUUAACUAGUGUUAGGUUAAAUGAAGUUGUAAUUGUAGUUCAGAUACUCAGCAAACGAUUCCAGCUGGUUCAUACCACUCUGCCUCCCAAAUCCAAUCCUUUUCCUCUGUGUAUGGUCAAAUUAUUGGCUUAUAUAAGGUGCAAACAUGAUUCUGUUUUGUAAGAGAAAAACACUUAAAGGAAUAGUCAACUUGAGGCAAAUACGCUCAUUUGCUCUCUUUCAGAGAGUGAGAUGUCUAGCUAAUGUCCGUGUAAGUACAAACCUUGAGUCAUUAUGUUGUUAGCUUAGCAUGACUGGAAGUGGCUAGCCUGGCUCUGUUCAAAGUUCAAAAAUACUCCUACCAACACCUCUGAGCUCACUAAUUAACAUGCUUUACCCUGUUUGUUUUCUCCUUAAACAAAAAUAUAUAGCCCCUUUCCCACUGCACCAAAAACUUACUAACACUGGCUAAAAUCUGUUUUUUUGUAUGUAAUGGGAAAGGUUGCAAUCUGUAUUCACAGCCGCGUCAAAUAACUCAGCAGUAGUCGUGGGUAUUUAUUGGCUGCGGCUCCUAUCAGCAGUAAUAGAAAUACAACACCCAGGUGAACGCGCAAAUUUUAGCCCCUUUACCAGCAGAAGGCAGUGACAAGUCACCACAAAAUACCAUCUGUCAAGCAGCACUCAAACAUAAUUCCAUAUUUGGAAUGAGUCUGAGUUUAAAAGCCAGACUUCAUAAGUAAGAGAUAUAUAAAAGAAAUAACUAUUGUAACAUUUUCACUGGCCUCCACACUGCUUUGUACAGUUUACUAACCUGUUUUUCAAACCAAUGACAUCGAACGUAACACAGCAGUAAAAUAAAAACAAAAACACUGAGGCACACUCACCUGCUGCAGAGCCAUGCACACAGCUCUAAUCUACUGGCGAUGGGAAAUGGGGGCGAUGGGGCAUUUUAGCCUUUAAUUGAUAAGUCAGACAAGCAUGAAAGGGGGAGAGACAGAGGGCGCGACAUGCAGCAAAGGGCCACAGGCUGGAGUUGAACCUGGGCCGCUUUGGCAGCAGCCUUGUACAUGGGGCGCCUGCUCUAGCCACUAAGCCACCAACGCCCCGGGUUUUCCCGUGUUUAAACAUUUUGUGGAAAAGGGCUAUGAGAAUCAAAGUUUGUGGUUUUAAGGGGACAUUUUCAGGGUUUAAUGUUAAUGUGUUUUUCACUUGCCUGGUUGAAGAAGUGGUUGGAAAUCUACUUGCCCAAAGUAAAUUUUAACUUUCCCCUAUACAUUGUUCUGUUUAUUAGUAGUCAUCAAACAACAAAGACUAAUUAAAUUUUAAAUUUGACAUGCCUUUGAAGAAAAACAACCCUGUUUUAUCCGUAUGCGUUUAACUCUUUUUUACCACUUGCCUUAUUGGUCAAGUGAUUUGUUCGAUUUACUAGCCUAAUGUGGCAUUUUACCUGCCCCAGGCUAAAAGGUGCUCCAGAGGUGUUGUUUUUCUGUAAGCGGAUGCGUAACUUAGCGUUGCCCUGCUUUCCUUGUCAAAAAGCUUAUUGGGUUUUCCCAUUGGAUUUUAGAUUAACAAAUGCUUAUGAUGAUUAACGAUUUGUUCAGCAGGAUAAUUUUCACAAAUGAACACUAUUUGAUUAAUGACUUUUGAAACCUAAAUGCAAUGGCCAGAAGUAAAAAGCUAACAUCAGGCAAAAAAUGAACAAUGCCACAGUUGCACGACUAACUUCACCACCACAACGAGGCUGUUAGGCCGUGUUCAGUGUGAUGACGUUCUGCAGUGUCAUUUAGCAACUUGUUGGCAACUGCCUUUGUUAAGAAACAGAUAAAGUUCAUAAUUCACAAGUGGGUUAUUUACUGAUGUAUUUUAUGUCGCAGAAUAAAACACAAAUGUCUAUUCAGGUUGUGUUAACCACAGCCCUCAUUUCGGACAUCAAACCAAAAACCUAUUCAGAAAAACCCAUUGACUUCCAGACGAGGGAAUUGGGAGUUUAGAAAUGCUAACACAUUUUGGGGUUUUGGAACUCAUUCCUUGGGCACUCUAUUGGGCAGUUCUUAUUGGUGAGCCCCGAUUAUGUGCUGCACCUGCCUAGCUGUUUCCUUUUCCUUCUAGUCUUUAUACUAAGCUAGGCUAACCACAUCUGACUCCAGCACUGUGCUUAAAACAGACAUUAAUAAUCACCUGCUCAUCUCACUUUUUAAAAGAAGGUAUUUCCCAAAAUAUUUUAACUGCUCCUUUAAAUGUUUUCACAAAUGUGUGCAUCAGUUUUGGCAAGCAUGAGAUGGUGUUGGUGGAUUUUGACAUAAUGUGAAUGAAAGAGUUUGUUUGUCUGAUCUUUUUCUCUUUAGUUAAUAUUUAAAAGUCCACUCUGUAAUUCUUCUAAACUCUGGCCUCUGCUAUAUUUGGAUUUUAUCUUAUGUUAAUUAUGCUGUGUGUUAGUAUGGGAUGGAUGAACGUGACAUGAACAUUCGCUCAGUCUAAACACCUGAAGCCCACUUUCUCACGGUUGACAGCAAGCAGUAAGACGGAUAAACAGGGCAGCUACUGUAUCACACCUCCAUUAUCUGGAUUGCUUGUUUUGCAUGUGGACUUUCAGCCAUCAGGAGCUCAAUCUCAGGGACCUAUACUCCACUUUUCUGGGCUUGACGGACUGAGUGAAUGAAACUACUGACACAGAAACAACAUGUCAGUAUCUGUAACUGAAAUACAGAUGUGAUGUAAAAGUCCGGCUAAUGUAUAGCAGUUUUUGGUCAGUGUUUUAUUCAAACAUGAUGCUAAUGUGUGCUAGAUGAUGUUGGCUGCAAUUUCAAGUUUGCAUGUUAAGGCUGUUGUAAUGGUCAGUUCACCCAAAUUAUAAAAACCGGUUUUCAGAUAUCUGUGAGAAUUCAGUCUCCACAGAGUUUUGUUGACUUUUUAAAACAUUUUUUAGAAUCAGUGUCCCUGUUCAACACCGUCUCACAGAAAUAUGUGAUAGGACCUUUUAAGGUAUUACGUGGUGGUGGGCACGAAGUUUGUUAAAAUCACGUGCUAGCAAAAGAGCUGAUGUAAAGAGUAUUACAAACAAUCGCAGUUUCCUUUAGAGACAGACGCUGUUUGGUGAGGUUUGGGGAAAGAAAACUGGUGUGUAAGUGAUGUAAACUUGCAUACUUUGAGUAGUUAUGUAAAGUACCCAUAUAAAGUGCUUUGUGUUGUCACAUAAAGUCACUUAACUAAAGGACUGGACCAUAUGUGAGUCCAAUCAGAUUUGGCUGUUCAAUACAACUAAUCAACGGUUCAUUUUUUUUUCCCCCAUAUAAAGUGUUAAAGUUUGAACAGGGUCCAGCAGGACAUCCAAUGUGACAAUAAACAAGCUAACUGCACUAACAACGGAUCAGAAAUGUGCAACAUUUUUUUGCCGACACUAGAUAUCAAACAAAUGCCAGAGACUGUAUGGUAUGAAGUUGCUAUGAGCUGUAAAUUCAUCACUUGUAGGCAGAAGAGGGAAGAUAAUGUUAUCUCAGAGCCUUACGGUGCAGAGCCUCGCCUCCUCUGGUACACUGCAGCCUGUACCAAGUGCAAGUCCAGAGUGCCCACUCCAAAGCAAAAUCUGCGGACCAAAAUGUCCCAAAAUGUGUUAAAUGUUUUAACACAUUUUGCGCCCACCUCUACAUAAAGCACUGUUAAGUCUUCAUGUCCAUUUUACAUGUUUCUAUGAGACAGACCGGGCUGACCAGGAUGAUUCAGACGGGAGACAAUCUUUGAAGUAUUUGAAGUACUGUGAAAACUGUCAACAAAACUGAUACCAAAUUCCAUUUUCUUACAAUGUAUUAAGGUGGAGGCAAAAGUAUCAGAGACCAAUAUCUCAAAAUGUUGAUAAAUAAAACCCCAACUGUCUGCAUGUAGAGAUACCACUGGUGGCAGGUGAGAAAAUAUAUUUUUUAUAAUUUUGGUGAACCAACCCUGAGUAAGUAUAGCAUAAUAAGUAAAAAGGUAAAAACAUGUAAGAUUGACAACACUAUAAAAUUAUUGUCCCACCUUUACGCCAUCUUCAUGCAUGCAGAAUAAAAAACAACCACCCAUGAGUGGGGAGUGUUUGGAUAGAGGUCACUGUUUUGUGAAGUUACUGAUUAGACUUUUGAGACUGUCUAUAUUUACCUGCAGGCAGAUGUUGAAGUGGAUCUAUGGGAUUUUUAAAGUUUUUAUUUUAUACUCUUCAUAUGGACUUUGAAACAUAAUCAAGACCACUUGGACGUUUCUCUUUGGACACCAUGUUAACAGACUCAGAGAAAAGAGUUUGUUUUCUUCACAUUCACGAGGUUUAUUACAAAAUUGUCUGUUUUCCUGUAUCUGUAAACUUUCAACAUUUUGAAUUGU